AUGUCCGAAAUUGAAAAUUCUGAUAAGUGUGUUGGACUUAUAACUAUUGACAAAGUACUCGUAGAAGCUCAUAAACGAAAUGGGAUCCUUAGACACCCAUUCAAAGGUAACGGCCUAAUGAUGUUUAUUCCAAUUCGUCGAAGGUUGUCCAAUCUUGAUGGUGUAGGAAUACAAUUUCAUGGAAGUUUUUGGUUUUACAUUGAGUGCAAGACUGAUAUUGAUAGAAAUAAUUGA